AUGUCAGUGUCAAGGAGGGAAGAAGUUCCCGAAGUCUUCAGGGAGGCUAUUCUUUAUCGUGAAUGGGGCUAUCGACUGGCCAGUCUGGGCAGAUACCCCUUGGCUAUAGAUUAUUAUGAAAAAGCAUCUAAAUUGACCGAGGAUCUUAGAACGUUAAUCGGUCUCUGUAGAGCGCUCAUCAAAUACACGAGAUACGUUGCUGCGGAAAAAGUGUCGGAGAAAUGUAUGAAAAUAGAUCCCGGUCAUUACAAAGCGCGACAGGUGCGGAUGGAGACGCUUUUCCAGACCGGUGAGUUCGGUUCUAGCCUGGCUCACGCCUACGAAGGCAUGCGACGACAUGGGAUGACCUUUGAGCACGGCGUCUAUCAGGCGUACGAGACUAUUGAAGAUUGUAUCGGCCGGAAUACGUCGCCUAUGGCUCUGCUCUUAUUGUAUCCGUGGAUACGGCGGUUGUGCGAGCACCGUGAGCUUCUGAUAGGCAAGCUCGAGGUAGAGGAGGACGAGUUCAAAGGUAUCGAGAAGGAUCAGGCAAGAUUUAAAGUAAACGAUCCGGAAGUGCAACGUCAAGCGCGGAUGAAAAGGCUGCAACACGUCAUAGAGAAAAUGGAUAUGGGUUACUUGACGAACGAUAAGGAUUUUCUCCAAGAGAUUGUGAGCCAUCCGGAAACCGUGGCUUCGCCUAAUAAGAUCUCGACUGCCGAGCUACUCGCUCUCGCAAGUACGUGCCAUCGAAACGCGAUGAACCUGCAGGAACUUCUCCGAAUGAGACGACCGCUUUACAUUCUGCUCUUCCAGCGACGAAGGAUUCCGAAAGGGCGCAAAAUGAUGAUUGAACGCGAGCGAAAAUUGCGCAGGAACCUCAUCGUCGUGGAAGCGGAUUUUCUGUUGCGUCGCAUGCACGUCGCGAGGAUCAACAAGGAUUAUCCUAGCUUUUUCAGACUCGCCGAUCGCAUUAAGAAUAAAUUCGACUCGUACUCGAACAAGAUGUUUCCCCUGAAGCAAAAGUGUCUAGACGCGCUGUAUAAAAUGGUAGCGUGGGUGUACAUCGACACGCGUAAUUUGACAUGUCUGGACAACGAGGAACUAAAGACGAAAUACUUGAAACAUCACUUGGGAAUACGAGUCGCGAUAUUGCCACGAGACAGCGAUCUCGCGUGGAUGCCGACUGUGAAUCCAAAGGAGACGCUGAAGAUGUUUCGCAGGAGAUUAGCCAUGGCAUCCGCGCCUCUCGAGCUCGCCUGGGUGCAUCAUGAAUUUUGCAAGUUUCUCAUCGACAUUCACCGCUUCGACUUGGCCAGAUUCUACGCGAAGAAAGGCCGCGACAUAGCCCAGGAGAUGGGCUGCGAGGAGUGGGUCCUGAACGUCAAUCACCUAAUACUGCGGAUAGAGAUUCGUCAGAAUAAUCGGACCGAGGCGAAAGACGCGGCGGUUUUAGCGCUCGCGUGCACCAGAAAGCUCGGUAUCGAUUAUCUGAUAGAUUUCUAUGAAAGGGCCAUAAAAGCUGUAGACGAGUUGGACAUGGAACGGAUUGGCGACUUUGACGACGUCACCGCCAGGCAGCAGCUUAUCCUUGAGCUGAUGCCAAAGGAGAUGAAGGAGGAGGUGGACUUUCUGUGGCGGCGUAUGGACGUUGUGCCUGCCAAGAGACGACUUUCCGUCAUGCCCGGCUACAAGCCGAUCGAUCGAAAGUUCAAAAUGCCCUCCAUGCGAAGGACCAUAUUGCCCAGCCCGCCGAAGGACCCGGAAAGGGACGCCAGGAUCGCUCUGUUGAAGCAGUACGCCCCGUCUCUCAAGCGACCGGGAUACGUGAAUUUUGAGGAAUUCAGAUGAUCAAUUUUCAACGCGAAAACGCGUAUUUUUGUUGCAUUGUUCGCCCGGUAUUUUUCAUUUUACUUCCGAC